UCCCAUCUGUAUGUAUUUGGCGAGCAUGGCCGCUUGCUGUUUUGUAAUCAUCCGACAGAGUUGAUGGUAGUUAGUCAAGAUGUGCUCGUGUUCACGGAACCUCUUGCGAUGUUUGUCGCGCUCUUUGAAUAAUCAAGCAAACCAGUGUAGUACAGAAUGGAGAGGAAGACACCAUUUCUUGAAUUUUACACGAAACCUCUCAAAUGUUUUCAUCAGCCCAAGGUCACGUGUACUGAAUUCAUUGCAAAUGGGCCAAAGACAUGUAGGCCUUUGGAGUAGCAGCAGCGAGCCGAAUGACUGGAAUAAAGCAGUGUCUAAUGCCGAAAAGAUAGUUGGCUACCCCACUUCAUUUAUGAGCCUCCGGUGUUUGCUUAGCGAUGAAAUUUCUAAUGUCGUUCUUCACAUGAGGAAACUUGUAGGAACGCAACAUCCAUUACUACGAACGGCCAGAGGCCUGGUGUAUGAUGGGAAACAUGGUCUGCAGACCCGGGGGCUGAUUGUCCUGCUGCUGUCGAAGGCCGCGGGUCCUGGGCCACAGCUAGAAGGAGAGAUACUAGAGAAGGACAAAAUCACAGGAAUCUGUCCGCGACAAAGGUCUCUUGCAGAGGUCACAGAAAUGAUCCAUACAGCCAACCUCAUUCACAAAGGAGUGGUCAACCUUUCCGACCUUGACCCUGUUUUUGACGGGCCGAUCAAGGACAUGGAGUUUGGAAACAAGAUGGCUGUUCUAAGUGGGGACUUCCUCUUGGCCAAUGCCUCAACAGGAUUGGCAGAGUUAAAAAACACAAAGGUAGUUGAAACUAUGUCAAGUGCAAUUGGAGAUCUAAUGGAGGCCGAGUUUACAGGACUCCAGGACGGAAAAGGAAAUCUAGCCUUACCUUCCUCUGUCACAUUCUCUGAUUGGUUGAAACAAACAUUCCUGUCAUCUGGCAGCCUAUUGGCUAAGAGUUGCCAGUCAUCAAUGGCACUUGUGAAACAUGACGACCAUGUUCAGAAACAAGCAUUUGAAUUUGGCUGUAACAUGGCGUACGUUCAGCAGCUCAAUGAAGACAUGGCACCAUUCCUUUACCCCGAGGAAUUCCUUGAUCAACUCACAAUGGUUUCGGCUCCUGUGAUGAAGUAUGCAGAGACUCAUGGAGUUGCCUCCCUUGCCACAUUCACAUCGCCUCUCAGCUCCACCGACAGGAAACAGAUUGUGUCUCUGAUCCAGUCAUCCCAGGUCUUGAAUGAGUGCCUCGCGUUGUGUGAAGAAUAUGGCCAGAAAGCUAUUCAAGCAUUAGACAUUUUUCCCCAUUCUGAUGCCAAGAUGGCACUGGUCAAUAUUGUCGAGGCAGUCAUGAAAUAAGUUUGAAGCUCGGAAUAUUGUCGCCAGAUCACUGUGUGUCAUAAACUGUCACAUAUCAUACUUGGCAACAGGAUUAUUGGUCAACACAGCUGUAAUUGUGAUAUUUAUUUCCAGUUACCAAUGACUGUAAAAUGUAUAGUUCAGGUGUCACAUUUGACAACAGAAGAUCCGUGAAGAUCCAGGUUAGAUUUGAUCUUCAGUAACCCAUGCUUGUAAGAGGCGACUAACGGGAUCAGGUGGUCAGGCUC